AUGGACGUCGACCCGAAGUUCAUCUGUCCUCGCCCUCGGAACCCAACAGCCUGCAGUAACUGCCGGUCUCGCAAGAUACGGUGUUUACCUCCUGGAAAGGACACAAACAGGGAAACUUGUCGACGAUGCGUAAAGCUUGGCUAUACAUGUAGUUAUUCGACUGGCCCUCAAUAUCGUGCGCAGCCAGGAAUCCCCCCGCCCCAGUCGUUGAAUCAUGGGAGUCCGCAGAAUGACGAAGAUGUCAUUACUGGCCUUUUUAAGGACCGAGCGCCGCCAUCUGGAGGAGUAGACCAAUUGUUGGAUUUUCAUCGCCGUGUAUUUCAGAAACAAUCGCACCAAGACUGUUCACCAGACUCUACAUCUACACCAACCCCAGAGUCUGUCGGUCCAUCUCUAGCCAGUGGAGAUACGAACAUCAAUAUGCAGGAAGCAGACAAACUGCUAUCCCUUUUCAGAAAGGGCAAUGCGUACUGCCCGUUUAUAAAUAUCCCGGGGUCGACAUCGGCUGCGUCAAUGGCUGCCCACCAGCCCUUUUUAUUACUAGCGAUUCUGACAGUCUCGUCUUCGCGCACACCACGCCUCCAGCAACGCACAGACGAGAGAUUCCGUCGAGUUAUGAGCGAGCGAGUCGUCCUUCAUGGAGAGAAAAGUCUGGAUUAUGUACAGGGCUUGCUGGUGUACAUCGCUUGGUAUCCCCUUUACCUCAGGCCUAUGCGCAACCAGAUCCCGCAGUACCUCCAAAUAGUAUCAACCAUGAUAUCGGACUUGGACUUAAACCUCGAAGAAAGCGAGGAGCGAAAUGCCUCUCUUGGAUGUCAUGCCCUUUGUUCUCUCAUGUCCUCCACUGGGCGGAGAUUUGACUAUUCGCGAGCGAGAAUAGAAACGUACCUCCAGGGUACUCCUAGGCUUGACAGAAGCGAUGACCUUGCUAUGCAGCAUCUACGUAUCCAAGACCUUGCUGGACGUGUUGCUCGUUACAAGGCGGAUGUCCGUGACAUGGUAAAGAUGGCUGGCGAUUCCACCGAUGAUGAAUUAAGUAUACCAAAUACGCUCGAGGUUCGUGAGAAGAUGGCCUCCUUCACUGACGAACUGGAGGACCUAUACUGGGCUCUUCCAUCUGAGUCUCGCACCAGGAUACCAAUCCGCCUAACGCGACAGUUUAUCAAAAUCAACAUAUCAUCAUUGCCAUUAACCAUCCCAAUUCCAGGCCCAUAUCAAAUACCUUUAUGUACCGCAGUCACAACCAAUCUCACCCACGCAACCUCCCACUUCUCCGAAAUUCGGACCUUCCUCGAACUCUUCCUUUCCAUCCCACCAGACGAGUACAUCCACUUCUCCAUCCGCGAGUGGUCCCAGCUCGUCAUGACUAUCUCCUUAACCUCAGACCUCUGUUUCUCCCAAGUUCCGCUCCAUUAUCUUCAGGAUAUUAUUCAAAGAGCCAACUGGGUUAAAUUUCAAGCACAGACACGUGCAAAAACGUUGAUAUACCUCGAAAGCCUCACCCACCGCAUGGGCGCCCUCUCUGUGUCGUCGAAGCUCACAUACCCGGACGCCUUUUAUAUGUUCAAGUCUGUCCUAGGGAUACUCAUGCGUACGUAUGCGCCGGCGGCAACCUGUCCUUCGACUUUUGAUACUUCUACGCGUAUACCAGAGAUACAGAAUGAGAAUGCGGAGAUGAGUUCCAGUCGCUGCCCGAUAUUGAACGGGGGGAUCCAGGAGACGGACUUUUGGCGGGCGCUGGAGCGGAAUGGCCCUGUCCCUGGUUAUACUUUGCAUGACAAUACGACUAAUGGGGGAGACAUGAAUGGAAAUAGCACUGGGAAUGGGAAUGGGAAUGGAGGUCUUAACGUGGAUGAUUUGGUUAACAACCCCCAGGACUGGCCGACUGUUUUCGAGGAGUGGGUUAUUGAUUUUAAUAAUCUGCCGGAAUAG